CACAUUAUUUCACAACCAGGUUCUUACAACCGAAGGCUUAAACCUAACCUAAAGGCUUAAACAUGAAUGUCAAACUUAUUUUUAUCGUACUAUUGUCAUUGGCUUGCCAAACCAUGGGACGUAAUGUUUCCAACUUGGAACUUUCAAGAUUAUUGAAUUGGACCAAUACCAGAAAUAUUUGUUUGACCAUUUUACCGGACGUUAUACUUACAUCUUGCGUCAUGAGAUACACCGGACGUCCUGCAGCUUUCUUGCCAUGGAGCAGCGGCAUCAAUAGCAAAUGCUGUUUUAAUGAGUGUGACCUAAGCAAUUCGAAGAUGACAUGCCCCGAUUCUAAGGCUAAGGAAAAUUUAUCUGAAGUAAAAAAAUUAUUUACUCUCAAAGAAUUUCCUAUUCCAACAACACCAACCACCACUAGGCCUGCAGAUGUGGACAAUGAAAAAGCACAAGAAGAUUUAUGCAAAGCCGUCAUGCAUGCAAAGGAAUACAUGAAUAAAUUAGAGUUUCGUCAGUAUGCUGUUCGUUUGACAUGCUUAGCUUCUCUGGGUGAGCUUAAAACUGUAAAGGAGUAAAAAGUUAAAUCACUUGGAGAAUGAAGAUGAAUAUUCAUAUAAUUUAGGUCAUAAUACUUUAUUAAUAAAUAUAAUAAUUAAU